GCCCAGCUAUUUAGUGCAGCAAUAGCCGUCUAGGAGUAACCAUCGAAAUAAAAAUUAGUACCUACUGAAAAACGAGCACGCGUAGUCGAAUUGCUAUUUACGCCAUGGGUUGGUCACCGCUGAUGAUAAGGUAUCUGGCAUUCCUCUUCAAUUUUCUUUGUGCGUACCAAUGCUGUGGCAUAUACAGGUUAAAGGACUACGGAGACGCCUCCAUAACUGUUCCAAGUAGCUGUUAUGACCAAAAUGAUACGCCCUACAAGGACGGUUGUCUGGCCAAAAUGGAGACCCAGUACGAGGAGCUCCUGAAGGGUCCUAAAAUUGUUGGCUGGAUGCUGAUGGUCAUUGAGAUUGGUGCCUUCACUUUCUCCACAAUCAUGGGAGUGUCCUUAAGGAAUGAACUACGACGCUCUGCGUAUUGAACCAUCACAUGAUUAAUAUUAUUAAUAAUAGUAGUAGAAGGUCUUGUAUAUAUGUACAUACACGUUUGUCAAUUCACUCUUUUGAUACCUAAUAUAUACAAUUUUAAGUUAAA